UGGCAGCGCCGCGGCGUCCGGAACGGCGGCGGCGGGAAGCUGAGGGCGGCCAUGGUGCGGAUCACUGAAGAUCUUGUUAGAAGACGUGCAGAACAUAACAACUGUGAAAUCUUUUCACUGGAAGAAAUCUCUUUACAUCAGCAAGAAAUAGAAAAACUAGAAUAUCUUGACAAAUGGUGUCGAGAUUUAAAAAUUCUCUAUCUUCAGAAUAAUCUAAUUCCAAAAAUUGAAAAUGUGGGCAAACUAAAGAAGCUGGAAUAUUUAAAUGUAGCUUUGAACAACAUUGAAAGAAUUGAAAAUCUUGAAGGCUGUGAAGAACUAAAGAAACUUGACCUGACAGCAAAUUUCAUCGGUGAACUCUCCAGUAUUGAAACCCUAAAAUAUAAUAUACACCUGAAGGAACUGUUUUUAGUGGGUAACCCCUGCACUGAAUUUGAAGGUUACAGACAAUUUGUAGUGGCAACUCUUCAUCAAUUAAAAUGUUUGGAUAGUAAAGAAAUAGAAUGUUCAGAGAGGAUUCAAGCACUUCAAAAUUACCCAGAAGUGAAACAGAAAAUAAGAGAACAGGAACAAGCCUACCUUCUCAAAAGGGCCAGAGAAAAAGAAGAGGCUCAAAGAAGGAUGCAAGAAAGAAAGGACAAGAAACAAAACCAAAUGGAAUCUGAGCAUGGAUUUGACAGUCCAGACUCCCUACAGGACAAAGAAAACCAUCAGGCAGAAGGAGAUGGAGAACAAGAAAUGUGGAGAACAGUUGAAGAUGAUGAAGAAGACAGAAGAUUUUGGGAGGAGCUUACACCAUAUACUCCAGAAUCUAGAUUAGAAACUCACAGAUAUAUUGAAGAAAAACGGAGAGCUAAAGACAACAUAAGGGAAUCAAAAAAGAGAGAGAAGUCUCCUUGGAGAUUGGUCACUGCCGAAGGAAAAGUUCUGAAUGUGAAUGUGCCUAAGCUUCAUUUCUCUUUGAAAGAUGAUGAAGAAAAUAACCAGAUCAUCCUGGAUCUUGCUGUUUACAGACAUUUGGACACUUCUCUGCUUGAUGUUGAUGUUCAGCCAACUUACAUACAAGUACUGGUGAAGGGAAAGCCUUUUCAGUUUGUGCUCCCUGAGGAAGUGAAGCCAGAUAGCAGCUCUGCUAAAAGAUCACAAACAACUGGUCAUUUAGUUGUCAGCAUGCCAAAGGCUAAAGAAGUAAUCCUUGCUAAGCAAAAAGUAUCAACUUCAAUUAAACAUUCUGACUGCAAUAUGCUGAAAAAAAAUGCAAAAAGGAGUGGACAAGUCGAGAAAUUAGAAGUGGAUCCUAGUAAAUAUUCAUUCCCUGAUGUAACAAAGAUAAUUCAAGAAAAGGAGCGAAUUGGACAGGGACCUAUUAGUUUACAACCAGAGAGAAUUACAGAGACUAAGAAGAGUUAUACUGAUUUUGAAAAUAAUGAAGAUGUUCCUCCCUUAAUUUGAAAUAUUCUUAAAUAGUCCCUCUGUAUGGCAGGUAUGCUUGAGUUGUUUUCAUGCCCUGAGUGUAACCAUAAUAUAGCUGAAGUUGAAAAUAUUAUUACAUUUAUCAAUAACUUGGUUAUGUUUGUGUUUUCCGUGGUGUUUUCUGUUAAUAUAUUACUAUAUAUAUGACUUUUCUGUUUUACAUAAUAAGUCUCAAAUCAGAAAUGGUAACCAUGUAAGUCAGACAUUGUCAUUUCUUCAAAAAUUUACUGCCUAGCUUGAAAGAUGACAUAUUUCUGUAGAAAAGGAGAGAAGGAAGGAAGAAAGUACUUGUAACAAGAUUCAUGAUUAUUCUCACUAAAAUGAAGUUAACAAGAAUCUCUAGGUAUUCCUUCAGUGUUUUUCUUUUUCAUGAAGGACAACAGUAAAACAAAACAAUGUAUUCUGGGAGUGAAAAACAUUGCUGUAACCUACCACAUAUCAGUGAAUUUUCCAGCAUAAUGCAGAGCUCCUGGAUUCUGGAGAUAGCCUAACAAUCCACUCCUUGAAGAUGUUGGGGGAGAAUAAUGCUGAACACAGUAUCUCAGAUGUGGCACAAUGGGGAGAAUGUACGGAAUCAGCCUGACUAUUAUUCUUUUUCAUGCAGCUACUCUAAACUGUUCCAUCUUUUUCAGGAUCCCCUAAAAAUAUCAAGGUUAAUUUUUAGCUGUUGGAUGAAAUAAGACUGAGCAUCCGUAAUUGGAUGAACUGCUCUUUCUCUACCCAGAAGCCCAUUUAUCAACCAGAAACUCCAUUAUCGUAUUUUUUCCCUAUUGCUUCAGGA